GGAAGCGGCGGCCGCGCCGAGCGGGCUCCCAGCGCCAGCCAGGCGCAGCGAAGGCGCGGGGCUGCAGCCGGCUCCCGGGGCGCGUCCCGAGCCGCGCAUGGCGCCGCCGGAGGAGACCCGAGCGCGGCUGGCGCGGGCCGGCCAGUCCCAGCUGCUGCGCUUCUGGGCCGAGCUGGCGCCGGCCGAGCGCGCCUCGCUGCUGGCGGCCCUGGCGCUGCUGCCGGCGGAGGAGCUGGGCGCGCACUGCCGGCGGGCGGCGGAGGCUGGCGCCGCGGAGCGGGAGCCCCCGGCGCGCUCGGGCCGCAGGAUGGAGCCGGUCCCGGCCGAGUUCCUGGGCAGCGUCAGCCGCAGCGAGCCGGCCACGCUGGCACGAUGGGAAGCGGAAGGUUUUCGCCAGAUCUCACAGAGCAAAGUGGCGGUGCUGCUCCUGGCUGGAGGGCAAGGGACCCGCCUGGGCGUGGCCUAUCCCAAGGGGAUGUACAGAGUGGGGCUGCCCAGUGGUAAGACCCUGUAUCAGAUCCAGGCAGAAAGAAUCCGCAAACUGGAGCAGCUUGCCGGCAGGAAAUACAACACGACAUGUACCAUCCCAUGGUACAUCAUGACAAGCGAGUUUACACUGGGGCCAACAGAGACGUUCUUCGUAGAACACGAUUACUUUAACCUGGAUAAGACCAAUGUGAUCAUGUUUGAGCAGAGGAUGCUGCCAGCUGUAACGUUCGAUGGGAAAGCCAUCUUGGAACAGAAGGGGAAAGUUGCCAUGGCACCAGAUGGCAACGGAGGCUUAUAUCGUGCUCUGGUGGACAACAAGAUCUUGGAUGACAUGGAGCGGCGCGGUAUCCAGUAUAUCCAUGUGUACUGUGUGGACAAUAUCCUCGUCAAAAUGGCCGAUCCCGUCUUCAUCGGCUUCUGCGUGUCUAAAGGGGCAGACUGCGGUGCUAAGGUGGUGGAGAAGGCCUAUCCCACAGAGCCUGUCGGGGUAGUGUGCCGUGUGGACGGGGUCUAUCAGGUGGUGGAAUACAGCGAGAUCAGCCUAGAGACCGCACAGAUGCGGAGUCCUGAUGGGCGGCUGGUGUACAGUGCCGGCAAUAUCUGCAAUCACUUCUUCACGCUCGGCUUCCUCGAGACAGUGGCACAGAAAUUUGAGCCCCAGCUGAAGCAGCAUGUCGCCAUUAAGAAGGUGCCCUACGUCGACGAGGAGGGAAAUCUGGUAAAGCCGCUAAAGCCAAAUGGGAUAAAGCUGGAGAAGUUUGUGUUUGAUGUGUUCCAGUUCUCUAAGAAUUUUGUUGCAUUUGAAGUUUUGCGGGAAGAGGAGUUCUCCCCGCUAAAAAACGCGGACACAGCCGACACAGACACUCCGACCACAGUGCGGCGGUCCCUCCUUUCUCAGCAUUACCGCUGGGCUCUGAAGGCUGGAGCCAGAUUCCUGGAUGAAAAUGGCAGCAGGAUACCAGAGAAACUCAAUUUAUCAGGAACUGAAGAUCCUCCUGCUGUGUGUGAGAUUUCUCCAUUAGUGUCUUAUUUUGGAGAGGGUCUGGAGGCACACAUGAAGAGCAAAGACUUCUUUUCGCCCUUUAUACUUGAUGAAAGCAAAACAGAAACGCUAGAAGAUGCUUGAAUGAAGGAAAAAUAAAAAUCUGGCCAUCAGCUCUAUGCUGGGAACAGACACCGCUAAACCGCUGGCUUUGUUAUUAAUGAUUGAGAUAAUUGAUUGGGAAGCAAUUAAGCUGACAAAUAUAUACACAUACUCUAAUUCUGUUUGCUAACUUUGAAGGCAGCAUCUUUACCUCAGCAUACUUGUUCAGGUAUGAAUGAAGUUAGAUUUGUGCUCUCAGCUACUAAACAGAUUUUAUUUGUGCAUUUGAGCCUUUUCCUUUUAUUUUAGAAAAGCCAUUGGGACCAAAUCCAUCUGCUUUGCAGUUUAACGGGUCUAAUUCUCCUCUCACUAUUUCUUAUUCCCACUGACAUUAUUGGAAGUUGUGUGUGAAUAUGAAGAUUAAUCUGAUGCCCAAUUCUGUAAAGGGCUGAUCACGCUCAAGUCCCAUUCCACCUAGCAGGAUUGGGCCCUUUCUCCUGAAUAUCUGGUGGUGGUUGUUUUUUUUACCUAAUCCUGCAAAGAUGCCAAUUCUGCAACCAUGGCUGACGAACGGUGCUCACUCAAGGAGCCCAGAUGCACAGAAUUGGGGCUGCUUACUUCAUUGGGGCUCUUGGUGUGAAGAAGUGUUCCUUAGCAAAAGGGUUGCAGAAUUGGGAAUAAAAGGUUUGCAUGUCCAGGAGUCACCUCACCAACAAAAUAUGAAGGAGAGAUGCAGGAUAGAGGGAUUCUACCUGGCACCGUGCUACAUUUUAAGGUUGUGAUCUAGUCUUUAAAAAAUCAGUAUAAAAAUGUUUUUACAACAUCCUUCCACUUCUUUUGGCCUGAGGUGAACUUUUUUCCAUUUUGCUUUAUAGCAUCUCUCUAAUGUUUGGACUUUAUCUAAGUGCCUUAAAACAAUAAUUGGAACAAAUCCAGGUGGUAGAGAAAACUGUUAAAUCCAAAGAGCCUGUUGUAAAACUAGGCAAAUCUCUAGAUGAGUUGAUGUACUCCCUAGAAGACCUCUGCGUACCCCCAGGGGUACACAUACCCCUGGCUGAGAACCACUGCCAUAGAGCAUCUGUACACCACUGACAGUAGGUUGGUUCCCGCUGCAGAUGUGGCUUAGUGCACUGCCUAUUUAAAAGGUGCACUUGUGGUAACAGCGGUCAUCUAUUUAAACAGUGCAGAUGUUUUUCUAAAAGCUGAAUAUUUUUAUGACCUGUAGUAAAUAAAUUAAUAAUUGUAUUUGGUAGGAAAAGGUUUAAUCAAAUCUCAUGUUUCAGGGUUUAAACUAAUACAUAAGGUCAUAUCUUACUGCAUUGUACAAUUGAGUAUACAUGCAUUUCAUUUAUUUUUUGUUUAAUUUUAAAUCCGAAGGUCAGGGCAACUAUCAGAGGCAGGGUAUUGAACUUGGGCUAAUGUGUUGAAGCAAAUUCUCAUGUAGCUUUGAAUUUUGUAAAUGAUUGAAUGAACUACUAAUACUGCUUGAGGGCACAGAAGACCUUUAAACUAUUUCUGUGUGUUAGCUAAAUUGGGGGGAGAGAUAGCUCAGUGGUUUGAGCAUUACCCUGCUAAACCCAGGGUUGUGAGUUCAGUCCUUGAGGGGGCCAUGUAGGGAUCUAGGGCAAAAAUCUGUCUGGGGAUUGGUCCUGCUUUGAGCAGCGGGUUGGACUAGAUGACCUCCUGAGGUCCCUUCCAACCCUGAGCUUCUGUGAUUCUAUUUACUCCCAGUAUAAACUAUAUCAGCAAUAAUAUGCCUUCACAACCUAGUGGAAGGGUGUGUCCAGUACUCCUGCCUCCCUUGAAGUGUUGUAUUACUCCAGUUGUCAUAACUUCCUUCUUAAAGUUAUCUCUAAAUAAUGUUUAGUGAAAAGUGCAAGGUUGAGAAGCUGGGUUAUUAAUUAACAGAGCAUGGGUAGCAAACUGCAUCUCAAUCCUGACCUAGAAGAGCCACCUGUAAGGAUGAGGUGGAAGUGCCUUCUCCUUGUACGCUGCACUCUUUGACGCUGUUGUGUUUUGUGAUGUGGAAUACCAAUCCACUGAGAUCACCAAAGUCAUUUCAUAGUUAUAAAAAUAUACUGAGAGUCUAUUGACCAAAUACUGCAUUUGCAGAUGCAGUUCUACAGGUAUCUUCAUGGUCAGAAAAUUUGUCACCCAGAGUCCUUUUCCCCCGCCCCCAAUAACAGCCAUUUUAUAAAGCUAAAGAAAACAAUUGGGGAGUAUAAUUAAUUUUAAUUCUAUUUCAGCUGCCCCAUCCAGGAAAUUGCUGAACCUGUUAUUAAACAUAAACCUUUUUAUAAACUAAAAGUUAGAGUGAAUUUUUAAAACUCCUGCCUCUGAACUGUACCCAGAAUUUUGGUGAAAUAUAAAAAUAGCCUGUAGAGUGAUUUGUAAUUUAUGCACUGGGUGCAUAAUUUCUUAAGAAAGAAUCUAAAUUUAGUCUGCCAGAUUUGCAUGUAUGAGUUGUAUUUGCACAUAUGAGUUGCAAAUGGCCAUUUGCACAUGCAGAUCACUAAUUGCAUCCCUAAUUACUUAAUUAGCAUGUGUAACUGGUUCCUUAAAGAUUGAUUGUAAAUUUGGCACUUGCCUUUGAGAGUUCAGUCUAUAAUCUAAAUUGCAGGAUUUUCCUGAGGUAAUUCUGUUUCAGUCAAGUUACUGAAUGAUAGCUGAAGACAAAUCACACAGUAUCUCUGUGACUGAUGCUUGUUGUCAGGCACAGGUUUAUCUUAAACUACACUGUGCUCAAAAGACACUUUUUUCCUGCAGAGUGCCUCUGCCAAAUGAGUACAUUUUCUUCAGAGCCUGAAUUACAGUUCAGCCCAACACACUUUCAUCUCAUGAACAUGUAGCUCCUGAUACGGGUUUUUAUACUGUGUUUUCAAAUAGGAGCUGAAUGAGAAUGCUGAAUGUUCUUUUCCUGACUCCUUGUGCCUUAAACUGGAACAUUAAAACGGAUUUGAAGGGAACUUCUUAAAUAUUAAUUAUGUGUAUCUGUUAUGUAUCGGAUUAAAAUAAUUGUAGAAUUUAUGAUGAAUGACACUUUACAAAACAAAGGGAGAUCACUCUUUUAUGUCUCCCAAAGUUUUCUUGACUACAGUUCUAUAAUAAAGAUAUCACUAUGAUUUCUAA